CCAACUAGAAGACAUACCUUGAGUUCCCUCAAUCCAAGCUUCAGUAUAGACUGACGAUUUUCCCGUUUCCCAUUUGUUGUGUCAUAAAUUUAAAAUGAAAAAUGAAUGUUUCAAAUAUUUUUCCGCAGAAAAAGUGAGAGAGAAGGAAGCAAACGACAGAGAAAAAGGAGGCAAGAGGCAAGAGGCAAGAGGCAGAAAAAUUAGCGGGAGCUAAUCGGGAAGCAGAGAGUACAGAAGAAACUAGAAGGCAAAAGAGAAGAGAAAGCAAAGACAACCAGACGCCGCACCUCAUGACCGUCCGACCCCUCUCUCCACUUUAAUUGAUUGAUUUGUUUGUCUCCCAUCGUCAACAGCCAACAAAAAGUAAAAUCGGAGCGUUGAAAUAACGGAUUCUGAUUCUUCUCUCGCCUGAGAGAAAAUGGACGACGAGGUUGUUCAGCGAGCGUUCCAGGAAGGAGGAAGAGACUUUUUCCAACAGCCACCCUCCACUUCCUCUUCUUCCCCUUCCAUCCUUCAAUCACUCCCUCUCCAUGUGUCUUUUGAUCAUGGAUAUUACUUAUUAGUAAAAUCCAUUCAAGAACUCAGAGAGAAAAAGGAUGGCAUUGUUAUCAUUGGUAUAGGUGGUCCCAGUGGUUCGGGUAAAACAAGCUUAGCAGAGAAGGUGGCAUCUGUAAUUGGUUGUACUGUCAUAUCAAUGGAGAACUAUCGUGCUGGAAUUGAUGAGAGCAAUGAUUUGGAUUCAUUAGAUUUUGAUGCAUUGGUUCAAAAUCUUGAGGAUCUAACCAAAGGAAAAGAUACUUUGGUGCCGGUAUUUGAUUUUCAUCAAAAAAGACGUGUUGGUUCAAAAGCAAUAACAAGUGCUUCAUCUGGACUGGUGAUAGUUGAUGGUACCUAUGCUCUAGAUGCAAGAUUGCGUUCUUUACUUGAUAUUAGGGUUGCAGUGGUUGGUGGUGUUCAUUUUAGCCUCCUCUCAAAAGUUAGAUAUGACAUUGGGGACUCUUGUUCUCUUGAUUACCUUAUUGACAGCAUUUUUCCAUUGUUCAGAAAGCACAUUGAGCCAGACCUUCAUCACGCACAGAUUAGAAUUAAUAACAGCUUUGUCUCAUCAUUUAGGGAAGCAAUCUACAAGCUGAAGUGCAGAAAUGAGGCAGCGGAUGGACAUUCUUCUAUUGUUCUUCAAGGAAGUGAAGCACAGACUGAUAAUUUUAUUGAGAUGUACCUGAGGCCUCCAUCAGCAAGUGAAGAAGCAAGGAUUAAUGAUUGGAUUAAGGUGCGACAAGCUGGGAUUAGGUAUUAUCUGUCACUUGGUGACCAACGGAUUGUUGACAAAAAUUUUAUUAUCAGGCCAAAGGCAGAGUUUGAGGUUGGGCGGAUGACUCUAGGAGGAUUGCUGGCCUUGGGAUACAGUGUUGUAGUUAGUUAUAAGCGUGCAUCUACAUCUGUUCGUGCAGGAAAUCUUUCUGUGUCACUUGAAUCGAUUGAUAGUCUUGGGGAAACAUUUAUAGUUAUGAGAGGCACAGAUAGGAAGACAGUUGGAGCAGAAGUAUUAAGACGGGGAAUUAAGGGACCAUGGAUUACCAAAUCAUAUCUUGAAAUGAUUCUUGAAAGGAAAGGUGUACCACGCCUUAAUACACCACCCCCUUUGUCUGGAACAUCUGCGAGUAACACUCAAGAGAAGGUGAUUUCCAUGCCAAGACCUAUACGCACUACAGGCCUGAUUAAUCGCCUCGAGGAUUUGUCUCAGCCGUGGACUCGAUCUCCCACAAAAUCUAAAAUGGAACCUGUGGUAGAAACGUGGUGUUUCAUCUCUUCAGAUGAUUCGUCAUCUUUCAGGGAUACUAUAAGACUGGCUCCAAUGCCUGAUUCGUAUGAUUUGGACAGAGGACUUCUUCUUUCUGUUCAAGCAAUACAAGCUUUGUUGGAGAAUAAAGGUCUUCCUGUCAUUGUUGGAAUUGGAGGUCCUAGCGGGUCUGGGAAGACAAGUUUAGCUCAUAAAAUGGCAAAUAUUGUUGGCUGUGAAGUAGUGUCCCUUGAAAGCUAUUUCAAAUCUGAACAAGUAAAGGAUUUCAAGUAUGAUGACUUCAGUUCUCUUGAUUUACCCUUGCUUUCCCAGAAUAUUAAUGAUAUAAGGAAUGGUCGAAGAACAAAAGUACCCAUAUUCAACCUGGAAACUGGUGCUCGAACUGGCUUCAAGGAACUUGAAGUUUCUGAAGACUGUGGUGUGAUUAUUUUCGAGGGGGUCUAUGCAUUGCACCCUGAAAUCCGAGUAUCCAUUGACUUUUGGAUUGCUGUUGUUGGAGGUGUUCAUUCACAUCUAAUUUCUCGAGUCCAGAGGGACAAAAGUAGAGUAGGGUGUUUUAUUUCUCAAAACGAGAUCAUGAUGACAGUUUUUCCAAUGUUCCAGCAGCAUAUUGAACCUCAUCUUGUUCACGCACAUCUCAAAAUUCGAAAUGAUUUUGAUCCUGUGCUUUCUCCUGAGAGUUCACUAUUUGUUUUAAAGAGUGACAAACAAGUGGAUUAUCAAGAUAUUCUCAACAUCCUUGACUCUGCAAAGUUCUGCAGUUCUGUUCAGAAUUUUAUUGAUAUAUAUUUAAGGCUUCCGGGACUUCCUGCUAAUGGGCAGUUGUCAGAGAGUGACUGCAUACGCGUCAGAAUAUGUGAGGGCAGAUUUGCGUUACUGAUUCGGGAGCCAAUAAGAGAAGGUAACUUCAUCAUUCAGCCCAAAGUGGAUUUUGACAUAAGCAUUAGUACGGUUGCUGGUCUUCUUAAUCUUGGGUAUCAAGCUGUGGCUUACAUUGAAGCAUCUGCAUUUAUCUAUCAAGAUGGAAAGAUUCUUAUUGAGGUUGAUCAUCUUCAAGAUGUCCCAAGUCCUUACUUACAGAUUAAAGGGGUUAAUAAAGAGGCUGUGGCUUCAGCUGGUUCAGCUCUUAAACUUGAUGGUUCAUAUACUACAAAGAGUUAUCUUCAAAUAAUUUUGGAAAGAUUACCUUCGGUAGAAAGGAGCUCGACUGGAAUUCACACCCAGCAAGCAGCAAGGUUGCAGGAGCUUGUUGAGUACAUACAAUCUCAGGGUAGCAAUAAUUCGGUUUCUGAGUCUUUACCAAGUAGGGAGGCUUCUUCGAUAGAAAGCGUACUUGAAGACAUGCAGUCCCGGAUUAAGAGGCUUGAACGGUGGCAUACCAUCAAUACCGUACUAUGGACUUUCUUAAUGUCUGCCCUUGUUGGCUAUUCCCUUUACCAGCGCAAGCGCCAAUGAUCCUGCUUUUUUGACUAAUCAUACGGGGGAGAAUGUUUUUCCCAAUUUCUUGAACAGGCGAAAGUUCUUUUCCCAAAAGAGGGACCUUUCCCAUGGUUUCUGAGAUUAUAUCAGUUGCCGGAAACAUUGAUUCUAACCAGUAGACUGUGACUGCAUAAUUUUAUUAACAACCGGAAACAUUAAAUGUUCCCCCGUUGGAAGUACUUUAAUUUUAGUGAAUGAAGAUCAGAUACCGGCAACCCUCUGUAA